AUGGCGGAGCCUAACCUAGAAUUCAUGGAGGCACUUUCCGAUAUGAUUGCCCAGGCCCUCAGAGCAUCAAUCGGAAAUGCUGUUCAACAGGCAGCGAACCAGAAUCCGGAUCCAGUCGCGCCUACACCGAAAGUUCCUCCGUUCACAAUGUCCGAAUACCGAUCUGCGGAAGAAUCGUCUGUGUUGGACUAUUUCCAGGAGGGUAAAACGCCUGUCAUCCGCGCUGCAUACGAAAUAGCACACGCGCUAGAAGCAACCCGUAACACGGCACGGGAGGUCAAUGCCGGAACACCAGCGUCAAUCCCGGAGAAUACGAACAAGCUCGGAUACGAAACACCACGCACCAAGAAAAUCAGCCGGAAGCCGUCGCCGUCGGAACGUACCUAUCGCAGAGAAAUAUCGAACGAAACUCAUCGCCAAGAAAAUCAAGAGAGAAGAUUGAGCUUGUGCAACGGUUGUGGUGGAAAUCAUCAACGGAAUCAAUGUCGUUUCCGUGACGCCAGAUGCAACAAGUGUGAUAAGAAAGGUCACAUAGCCAAGGUAUGCAGAUCAGCAAAGUCAACGUUCCGGAAGUAUCCCACCGACCAAAUUGAGUCAUCGGAGAAUCCAGCUUCUGACAUCGACGUGGUUCAGACACUGGGGCAAGUCCACGACGCAUCGUUGACGAAAAAGAAAAUGAUCGACGUUGUCAUCGACGGUCAUUCCUUGCAAAUGGAAUUAGAUACCGGAGCCCCAUGCGGUAUCAUAUCUGAGAUGAAGCUGAAAGAAAUCAAACCAAGAGCUGCUUUGCUACCAUCCGACAGGCAAUUUGCAAGCUACUCUGGUCACCGUCUUAAUUGUCUUGGUCGUGUACCUGUGAAUGUAUCCGUCGGAGCAAACUCUCACAGGCUAAAUUUGUACGUGGUGUCUGGUAAAUCCGACUCGCUUUUCGGACGCGAGUGGAUUGCACAGUUUGUUGCAGAAAUCGACAUGAAUCGUAUGUUCGCUCCAGAAGCAUCAGUCAACGAAGUUUCCCACUCGGAACUCUCCGCGGAUCAAGAAGCAAAAUUGUCAGAACUACUGGAUAACUUUAAGGAAAUCUUCAGUGACGUCGCCGGAAAACUGGUUGGUCCACCAGCCAAAGUCCACUUGAAGCCACAAGCAACUCCAAUAUUUGCCAAAGCUCGAGAUGUGCCUCUAGCUUUACGAGAUCGAUACGCAGCUGAAAUUGAAAAGAAAAUCAACGCCGGUUUCUACGAGAAGGUGGAUUAUUCGGAGUGGGCAUCGCCGACACACAUAGUGGUGAAGAAAAACGGUAGCAUUCGGAUCACAGGUAACUAUAAACCGACCGUUAAUCCUAGGAUGAUAAUCGAUGAGCAUCCAAUACCGAAAGUCGAAUGCAUUUUCAACAAACUGAAAGGAGCAACGUUAUUCUGUCAUCUGGACCUGACCGACGCCUACACGCACCUUCCGAUUGAUAGUGAAUUCCGUCAUGUGCUCACACUCAACACCCCGACGCAUGGACUCAUCAGACCUACGAGAGCUGUAUAUGGUGCGGCGAAUAUUCCGGCUAUUUGGCAGAGGCGCAUAGAAACCAUUCUUCAAGGCUUGGACAACGUCGUCAAUUUCUAUGACGACAUUAUAGUAGCGGCUAAUAACUUCAACGACCUUCUGCUGUCUCUCUCAGCGACUAUGGAUAGGCUGAAGCAAAAUGGCCUUCGACUAAAUCGAGCAAAAUGUAUUUUCGGUGUCUCUUCUCUGGAAUGUCUGGGUCACAGAAUCGACCGCCACGGGCUUCACAAGUCCGACAAACACAUCGAAGCCAUCCGUGACGCCCCACGACCGGAAACGCCUGAGGAACUUCAGCUCUUUCUGGGUAAGGCAACGUAUUACAGUGCAUUCUUACCAAAUCUCUCCUCCAGAGCACGAACCAUGCGUGAUAUGCUUAACUCCGAAACGUUUGAGUGGACUUCGGAGGCAGUCAAAGCCUACACAGAUUUAAAGCAGAUCCUAAUUUCACCGCAAGUAUUGAUGCAGUACGAUCCAGCUCUACCGCUUGUAUUGGCCACAGAUGCAAGCAAAACCGGCCUAGGAGCUGUACUUUCACAUCGGCUGCAGAACGGAACUGAACGACCAAUAGCAUAUGCCAGCUGCACAAUGUCCAAGACGGAGCAACAGUACCCACAAAUCGACAAAGAAGCCUUAGCGAUAGUGUGGGCGGUGAAGAAGUUUUUCCAUUAUCUGUAUGCCCGUAAGUUUACCUUGAUUACGGACCACAAACCACUAACGCAAAUUCUACAUGCAGAGAAAUCACUUCCCACACUUUGUAUUAGUCGAAUGGCAAACUACGCUGACUACCUGUCGCACUUCAAUUUCGACGUCAUCUACAAGCCAACCAAAUUAAACACCAACGCCGAUUAUUGUUCCCGAAUUCCCAGCAAAUCAACACAGUCGGAGGUCAACACUCUGUCCAUCGAUGAAUUCGAAAUGUUCGCGCAACUCCAAAUUGAGCAACUGCCAGUCCGAGCCGAUCACAUCGCACGCGAAACACGAAAGGAUCCUCAACUAGGUAAGAUCGUACGAGACUUGGAAUUGGGUAAUAAUCUUACACAUGCAGGCUACACUCCACCGGAAUCGAAGUAUACGAUAGCUGCGAAUUGUUUGUUAUUUGAGCAUCGAGUGGUUAUACCAGCUGUUCUCCGUCCUGCAAUCUUGAGUGACUUACACAUAGCGCACUUUGGCGUCGUCAAAAUGAAAGGGCUUGCCAGGUCUUAUGUUUACUGGCCAGGAAUCGAUUCCGAUAUAGAACGGACAGCAAAAUCUUGCACGGAGUGCGCACGUCAUGCAUCAGCACCACCAAAAUUCAGCAGCCAUCAUUGGGAGUACCCGAGCGGUCCAUGGGAGCGAAUCCAUGUAGAUUAUGCUGGUCCAGUUGCGGGUGCAAUGCUGCUAAUAGUCGUCGACGCGUUUAGCAAGUGGGUCGAAGUUAAAGUCACCACAUCCACUACAUCGGCGGCUACAAUCAAAAUUCUCGAUGGAUUAUUCUCAACGUAUGGUGCACCGGUAACAAUUGUAUCGGAUAACGGUCCCCAGUUUACGGCGUCGGAGUUCAAACGAUUCCUACAACAAAGCGGUGUUAAAUAUCACAAGCUAUCUGCACCUUAUCACCCGGCGACAAAUGGACAGACGGAGCGUUAUGUACAAACGGUGAAGAAUGCCUUGAAGGCAAUGGGAACAACACACGAUAAUUUGCAGGCUAACUUGAACGUCUUCCUACAGCAGUAUAGGAAAGCUCCUCACACCGAAACUGGUGACUCGCCAGCGAAAUUGUUCCUGGGACGGAACAUCCGAACACGGUUGGAUCUCGUGCGACCACCAGCAAAAGGCGAAAUAGCGUGCCAAUAUAAUGCCAUGAUGAAAGCACUUGUAUAG